GCGCGUGAAUGCAGCACUGGGGAAGCCGACUUUGAGGUCAGUACGCAUGCGCGUCAUACUCCGCUGUCCAGGCAGACAUGGCGUCGUCCCUGCUCUGCGGUCUGUGCGUGAGGAGCUGCGGGGCCAGAGCCGCGCUCAGCGCCGCCAGCAAGGUUCUGGGAGGUUCUCCAGGUCUGUUCGUGGGCCACGUGUCCCCGGUCCAGGCCCAGCAGCAGAGGAACCUCUCCCUGCAUGAGUACAUGAGCAUCGGGCUGCUGAAGGACGCCGGCAUCUCGGUGCCGGCCGGCAUGGUGGCCAGCUCGUCAGAGGAGGCGUACACUGUGGCCAAGCAGAUCGGCUCUAAGGACCUGGUGGUGAAAGCUCAGGUUCUGGCUGGUGGCAGAGGAAAGGGGACGUUUGAGGGCGGUCUGAAGGGCGGAGUCAAAAUCGUCUACUCGCCUGAGGAGGCCCGUGACAUCUCGUCUCAGAUGAUUGGUCGAAAGCUGUACACGAAGCAGACGGGGGAGGCGGGUCGAAUCUGUAACCAGGUGUUCAUCUGUGAGCGCAGGUAUCCACGCAGAGAGUAUUACUUCGCCAUCACCAUGGAGCGGUCCUUCCAGGGUCCUGUGCUGAUUGGCAGCUCACAGGGCGGCGUCAACAUCGAAGAUGUCGCUGCAGAAAAUCCAGACGCCAUCGUGAAGGAGCCCAUCGAUAUCGUGGAGGGCAUCAAGAAGGAGCAGGCAGUCAAGGUCGCUCAGCUGAUGGGCUUCCCUCCGGCUCUGGUGGACGAGGCUGCAGAGAACAUGAUCAAACUCUACAACCUGUUCAUCAAGUAUGACGCCUCCAUGCUGGAGAUCAACCCCAUGGUGGAGGACUCUUCUGGCAUGGUCAUGUGCAUGGACGCCAAGAUCAACUUUGACUCCAACGCAGAGUACCGUCAGAAGAAGGUGUUCGCCAUGCGGGACUGGACUCAGGAGGACCCACGAGACCGGCAGGCCGCCAAGGCCGACCUCAACUACAUCGGACUGGACGGAACCAUCGGCUGUCUGGUGAACGGAGCCGGGCUCGCCAUGGCAACCAUGGACAUCAUCAAACUGCACGGCGGCACGCCCGCCAACUUCCUGGAUGUAGGAGGCGGAGCCACAGCUCAUCAGGUGACCGAGGCGUUCAAGCUCAUCACGUCAGACAGGAAGGUUCAGGCGAUCCUCGUCAACAUCUUUGGAGGCAUCAUGAGAUGUGAUGUCAUCGCUCAGGGCAUCAUCAUGGCCGUCAGAGACCUGGACCUGAAGAUCCCCAUCGUGGUGCGGCUACAAGGGACCAGAGUGGAUGACGCCAAAGCUCUGAUUGCUGCCAGUCCACUGAAGAUCCUCGCCUGUGAUGACCUGGACGAGGCCGCCAAAAUGGUUGUUAAACUUUCUGAGAUUGUGUCGUUGGCGAAAGAAGCUCAGGUGGACAUCACCUUCCAGCUGCCCAUCUGAGAACCUCCACCUCCUCCACCCAAACACCGCCUCUGUCUCCUCCUCCCUCCUCAGCGGUUCAUCACUCCUCCUCCAAUCAGAGCGCAGUGUUUAGUUUCCUCUUCCUGUAUCUGAUGUGGCGAUGAUGUCUCGAG